GAUUCAAUUGAGAUACAACGUGUUAGGAGGGUUUAUUUAUUUAUUUAUACAUACAUACAUUCGAUUCGAUUCCAUCUAUCGAUCAUCUCAUCAUCAUCAUCAUCGUCGUCUCUCAGUUUUUGCAGAUAUUGGUGUGAAACCACAAUGUUGUUGUUGUUAUUGGAUUGUUGAAUUGAAAACGGUAUCGAAGCGUGGCAUAUCGUAGCUCAACGUUAACUAUGAAAGGAGGAGGUGGUUACUUACAUGGGAUGAAAAUGAAGCAGCUUUGUUUGUUGUUUCUAGUUUUUAUAUGUGCGUCGAUUGUCAUUUGGAAUUGGGAAAAGACCCCUCUUCUUACUACUAUUACUACUAAUGAUCAUCAACAAGUAUUGCAUCUCUUGCCAGAUGACGAUGGCCUAAAUACUCAAGUACAAGAUGAUUUUAUACAAGCUCAAGAUUUACUUUCCCCGUCACUUUCAACUCGAUAUGAUGAUGAAUUUCGAAAAACUUCUCGACAAAAAAAUCACCAUGGAAACACUACAACUGUUGUUGAAGAGUCUGUUUCUCAAGUAAAUGAUAGCUUGAAACCUCUAAAACAGCACCUAAUAACUUCAGUGACUACUUCCCAGACUCCUGAGUCAGAUGUGAACGAAGUCAUCGACACCCCAAUCACUAACAUAGAAAAGCCAGCCUGCAACUAUGGUAAAGGGAAGUGGGUUCCUGCUGAGAAUCGACCUCUCUAUUCUGGAUUUGGUUGUAAGCAAUGGUUAUCAGGGAUGUGGGCUUGCCGCUUGACGCAGCGAACAGAUUUUGGUUAUGAGAAGUUGAAGUGGCAGCCGAAGCAUUGCAAAAUGGAAGAUUUUACCAGAAGUAAAUUUCUUAAAAGAAUGCAGGACAAAACAUUAGCUUUCGUUGGAGACUCGUUGGGGAGACAACAGUUCCAAUCUCUAAUGUGCAUGGUAACAGGUGGUGAAGAGCUCUCUGAUGUUGAAGAUGUUGGAAAGGAAUACGGUUUGGUCCUAUCUCCUGGAUCAACUCGCCCUGAUGGGUGGGCUUACCGUUUCCUGAGUACUAACACCACCAUUCUUUAUUAUUGGUCUGCUAGUCUGUGUGACUUGGAGCCUAUUGACCCCACAAAUCCUACAACAGAUUAUGCAAUGCACCUUGAUCGCCCACCAGCUUUUUUGAAACAUUUUCUGGACAAAAUUCAUGCGCUUGUUCUCAAUACCGGGCAUCACUGGAACAGAGGAAAGCUUAAUGCCAACAGAUGGGUUAUGUAUGUGGGAGGCAAACCUAACACCGAUAGGAGGAUUGCAGAUAUAGGAGGUGCCAAAAACUUGACAAUAUACAGUGUUGUGAAGUGGGUGGACUCUCAAUUACCAAAGCACCCAGAGUUGAAGGCGUUCUUUAGGUCAAUUUCACCAAGGCACUUCUUUAAUGGGGAAUGGAAUACCGGAGGUACAUGUGACAGCACAACACCUGGGUCACUGGAAGUGUUACAAGACGAAUCUAGUGAUCCAAUUGCUGCAGGUGCAGUGAAGGGCACGAAUGUUAAGCUAUUGGACAUCACGGGGUUGUCUCUGGUAAGAGAGGAAGGUCAUAUAUCAAGAUAUUCAAUUCGCGCAGCUCCAGGGAUGCAAGAUUGUUUACAUUGGUGCUUACCAGGGGUCCCAGACACUUGGAAUGAGCUUCUUUUUGCACAAAUCUAAAAUCCUAUGAGAAGUUAUAAAAACCAAAUACUUGGUGGGCAUAGAGUCUGAAGCAUAUAUAUAUAUACCAUUCUGUGUAGGUUUAGUUUAUAUUAUGUAUUACUAUUACUAUCAAUAUUCGGGAAUAGCAGCAUAGCAGUGGGGAGGCAUUAGGAAAAAAUGUGUGUUGUUUUGUAUACAGAUUAUGGAAGUGGGAGGUGGGAUUUGUUUGUACUUUGUACCAGAUAAUCAACCCAUUUAUACAUCUCUUGUUUAUUACCA